AUGCGUCUAUUUUUAUAUCUUAGUGUGUGCGUAUCAGUCACUGUUGCACAAGUUUGUAAUGGUUACGCAGAGCUAUGUGAUCGAAAAUGGUCGAAUAUAUCCCAGAUUGGAACACACGAUAGUGCUUUUGUAGGGGAUUUACCAACACAAAAUCAAAAUAUCGAUGUCACGGCUCAACUCAAUGCCGGUGUUAGAUUCCUUCAAGCCCAAACCCAUUAUUUCCUCAAAACUUUGACGCUUUGCCAUACUUCAUGCUUUGAGCUAGAUGCUGGGCCAGCAGUAGAUUAUCUAUCAGAUAUCAAGAAAUGGCUUGAUGCAAACCCCAACGAAGUUGUAACCUUACUACUCACGAAUGGAGAUUAUGUUCCUGUGGGAAAUUUCAGUGCAGUAAUGGAGGCAUCUGGUCUAGCAAACUAUGCAUACACACCACCACAUCAGCUAGCCAUAGACGAAUGGCCUACACUUCAAGAAAUGAUCACGGCUGGAGAUCGACUCGUUAUGUUUCUUGAUUAUGACGCAAAUACAAAUGUGGCUCCGUAUAUCCUACCGGAAUUUUCCUAUUUUUUCGAAACUGCAUACGAUGUAACUACUUCUACAUUUCCCACAUGUGCACUUGAUCGCCCUGGGGGAUCUAAUGGAGAUGGACUCUUGCCGCUGAUAAACCAUUAUUUGGAUGUUGAUAUACUUGGUAUUCUCAUACCUGACAGAUCAGCAGCUGCAACGACGAACGCAGCGACAGGUGUAGGUAGCAUAGGAGCGCAAGCCGAUCUCUGCACAACAACCUGGGGUCGACCCCCACGAGUAAUGCUCCUCGAUUAUUUUGACACUGGUAAAUUAAAAUCCUCCAUCCUCUCCAUAAAAUCUCAAACCUAA